GGGUUAUUAAAAUAUAUUCAAUUAUUCCUCACCGAAACGCAAUUCUCGAUUCGGGACAAUCAGGGUCUCAAUGCAGCACAGCAGCAUAUAUAUACGGAACGUUGCUGUAGCUCAAACUCAAAAUCCUUAUGCAUCAUAUAUAUAUAUAUAUGGCCUUGUUGGUUACGCCCAAGCUAUGCUAUAUAUAGUAAGUAGGCUAUGGAAAUAUCGCCAAUCGAUUUAUCAUACAGACAGAAAUCCCUGGUAACUUUAUUGAGGAAACACAAAAUUGCAUCGCGGUUCCUGGGAAUUUUAACCCUAACGUUAACGUGGCCCAUUCGUUUCCGAACAGUAAGAAUAGUGCCGGUAAUAACACAGUUCAUUGUUUAGUCCUGCCAGACAGAACUUGUACACUGGAGGAUACGUACCGAAAGGCGACUCGCUAGGCUCAGACAACAUAUUUUCUUGGGAGCAGGUAUCAACCAUUAUGAUCAGGCUGGUAGUACACUGCUAAUGGCUGGCAGCUAUUAUCGAAUCCUUGUCUCCCACGAACGACUCCGCGACUAAAGUUAUUGUCGAAUUAUUUUCCAGGAGUGGAGCUGAUGUCUAUUAGAAAGAUUGAGAUGGUCUCACUGUAUUAUUUCAGGUCAUAUGUAAAGGGUAUUGCGAUUGUGUUGUCAUUCUUCUUCAAAACGGGGCUCGGCUCAUGUGAGUUGUAGAGCAUCAAGUGGACGCAGUUAUGGGAUGCUUGCGCAAGAUUAUUUACAUGAAUAUUUAUUGGCCAGUGAUCAAGAAGGAUUUGGCAAAUUACAGAAACGGUUAGCUGUCGUGUC